AUGUGUGAUAGAUCUUUGCGUUUAUUCAAGGAGAUGCAAAUGCAAGGAGAGAUACCGGAUGAGUAUACAUUUACGAGCACAUUAAAGGCCUGUCGUGGUCUUGGAGCUUUUCAAGAGGGAACACAAAUUCAUGCCUUUCUGAUUAUAAGAGGAUGCCCAAUUCCAGUUCAAAACAUUAUUUCCGGUGCUCUUAUUGAUCUGUACGCCCAAUGUGGAUACUUGUUUCAAGCAAGAAAGGUGUUUGAUCAAUUGGAAACGAAAAGUGUCGUACCUUGGACGACACUAAUAAUAGGAUACUCUCAAGAAGGAAACUUAUCAGAGGCAAUGGACUUGUUCAGACAGCUUAAGGGGAGUCGCAUUCCCAUUGAUAGAUUUGUCCUUUCCAGCAUGAUCAGCGUCUUUGCGGAUUUUGCUCUUGCGGAGUCAGGAAAGCAGAUGCAUUCCUAUGCCAUCAAAACCCCCUCGGGUUUAGAAACAUCGCCAUUCGGGACUUGUUGA